GUUUAAUGUCUGUUGUUUCUUUUCGGUGUGUUCACGAACAGAGAAGCAACAGCUGGCAGAGAUCUCCGUCUCCUCGUCUGCGUCGAAAGGAAAUCCGGCCUUUUGAGCCACAUGUCGGUCAUUAAAUCGCAUCCUGAGCUGGAGGUUUAUCGGAUCCAGCCGAGCUGUUUCUGGUUCGGAGCUCCGACCAACUCGGACCUGCUUCACCGACACGCGUUCAAACGGAGAGGGGAUUGUUGAGCGGGGUGUUGAACGGUGCUGUCGGUGCUUCAGGUUGUUGUUGUAACGGGGCGGCGGCGCUUUGUUUUGAGAUUUCCCCGCUGCACGUCGUCUGUUUCAGCUGGGAUCUGGGAGCUUAUUGUUUUUAUUCUAACACGUCCCGUUCAGAAAUGCCCCUGGAAAAUGUGACAACAGACACUGACCUCUAUUUGAGGCAUGUUGAGUUGAGCUGCAGUUAUUAUUUGCCAUCCAGCUGUUUAUAAGAAAUAUCAGAGAGAUAAGUCACCCCAAACAUACUGGCAGGAAUCAUGGGGAGUGUGUUCCUGCCAGCAAAUUCAGCCCACUCGGUGCUGAGGCGGCUGCGGAGGGCCAACUUCCUGUUAGAAGAGAUGAAGCUUGGGAACAUUCAGAGGGAAUGCCGUGAGGAGGUGUGCACCUACGAGGAGGCCCGCGAAGCUUUCGAGAACGACGAGAAGACGAAGCGAUUCUGGGAGGAAUAUGUCCGGGAAAGCAGUCCACCUGGUGGUUUGGACUCCAUGGUCAGCGGGGCCCAAUCUCUCUACCUGAUCGUGCCGCUGCUGCUGGUCGGGCUCAUCGUCAUCGCCGUCGCCAUCACUGCCUGGCGCUGCCACUCCCGCAAGCGCUCGCAGCGCAGCCCAGGCCUGGGGCACUCGCAUCACAACCACGUCCUGUCUGUGGUCUCCAUGGACCAGUGGGGGAGGGAUUACCAUCAUGGUGACCAAUCAGAACUCAGCAUCCACAGCAGCCCGGCCUAUCCAGGUUCUGAGAUCACGUUGGGGAGAGGAAGCGCAGGAGAUCCGCCGCCAUCAUACGAAGAGGCUGUGGGCCACACAGAUGUCCAGAUAGAGACAGAGCCGCCUCCUCAGUACGAAGACAUCGUGAACUCCAGCUCCGGUAGAAUCAGCAGUGGUCAAAGGAAGUGAAAACAUCUCAAACUAAAGCCCUGACCUUCGUGAAGACCAUGUUAUUGUUUAGGAGUGAUAUCACCAGCCUUCAACAUUCAGCAAGCACACACAUUUCAGUGGACUGAUGCAAACUUUUCCGGUGCCAGUUCUGUUGAAAUUUGCACUAACCUUUUCAUCAUCAAGGUGAAGUAAUGCAUAAGGGAUUAAGUGAUACUGUAAAACCAAAACCAAACAACACCUCAUGUGAAGGAUGAAAGGGUUUUAUUGCUAUAAUUCAGACCAGCAUUUAUGAGGGUUGGAUUGAUGCUUUUUAGAGGAUCAGUGCCAAACUAUUGAGACUUAUGUAGGCAAAAGUACAUUAUUUCAACCUUUCUUUUUCUUAAUAUCUAAUUAUCUGUUUUUUGUCCAAACACAUGUAGAGUCAGACAUGUUUGUGGAUUUGAGACAUGUCUUGGACUUGGUGUUGGAUUAGGUGAUCUUGGCUAAUCCAAUAAACCCUGGUAAAGAUGUGUAAAAAGCUUUAAACUAAAUGCACGUUUCAUUCCAGCACAAUAACCUAGCAAUAGAAAAUUGAGCCAGAGAAGUAGGGAGAUAAGUCAGUGCUUGUCCAUGUAAUGUUCUUACAGUAAAAAGGAGGAACUUAGCUUUGAAAUCGAUGGCAAGCCAGUUUAACUGGUAAAUCUGCAUUUAAAAAUCUUAGCAAUUGGUUGAUGGGGUAAUAAUGUUCUAUCACAUGCACGCUUGGAGCAUACAGUGGGAGAAAUGUGAAACAGACCCACAGAUUCCCAGACCAUCCAGCGUUAGGAACGGUGUGUAAAAGAUGUGCUUUUACACACAUUCAUUCUCCGCUUUACUCCAAACCUGAUCGUUUUUUUGCCAAAAAAAACUUAAUCUCAGUCUUAAUCUGAUCUAAGCACCUAAUAAAAUCCCAAAAGCAAAAAACAAACUCACAGUUACAUAAGAAGGGAAAUUCCUUUGUUGGUGAAUUUAAGAAGUCCAGUUUUUCUUUAGGUUUUGUAAUAUCUGUGAUGACUUAGUACCAACAGGAUUAAGUCAUGUCCUGUUGGUACAUGACUAACUUGGAACGGCAUUGUUUUGGCAUCACUCAACCAGUUUACAUGUAAAUAGACUCUAAUUAUUGUUAUGAAGACUGACAACCCUCUUCACUCCACUUUGGUAACUGUAAAUUUUACAGAGAGGAUAAAUAUUGGUCUCUAUUAAGCUUAGUUGCCAGUUACAAAAGGAAAUGGGUCUCUGUGUCAAAUGCUUUUAUUGCAGAGAAAUAGGUGUAGAUUACCAAGUAGAAACUCCUCACUUAACAUCAAAUUUAAAUAAAUGCUUUUCUUAUAUUUUUUUUAUUGAUAUUAAUAUGGGUAAAUGUUUUUACCGCUGCUAAAUACUUUGAUUUAAUUGUUAGAUUCAUCUAAAUAUUUCAGUAUUAGAUUGUGCUACUGCAUUAACAAGCAAUAAUUAUUGUAUGGCUUUUUACACAACUUUGCCAGGGAUGCUUAGAAAUGCUUCUGUGUCUAGUUGUGUUUUAAGGUUUUUCUUUCUCGUUCAGUUUCCAGGCUGUUGAACUGUGCAGUUAUUUGUCUGAGGGAGGGAAAUCAAAAGUCAGACGUUUUUCUGCCUUUUAACUUCUGGAACUCUUUUGGUGGCUUUUCUGCUUGUACUGACUGGAAGUGAAAAGGAGCCCGUCACAUUUUAUGAUAGAUAAUUAUAGACCCUGAUACAAAGAAGAAGUUAACACUUCAAAAUACUUUACACAGUACUAGCAGAUUUCUUGCUUUAAUCUAGGUUGAAAUGGUUUAUUUUUCCAGCAAAUGCACUAAUCCAACCUUUGAGAAUAUGUUGAAGACUGGAACAUAAAAAGGAGGAAGCGAAGUGGGAAUCACAUUACUUAUAAUCUUGGUAAUGCAUGAACUUGGCCUUGUCAGGUCAGAACUAUCUGCCCUGUUUGUUGACAGUCAGGGCUCAUUAACCCUCAUAAAACUGGGUUUCUGCUCAGAGGCAGAAAUAUGGGCAAGAAAAAAGAGAUUCUGGAGCUGUUAGGAAAUUAAAUGUAAGAAAUGAGUUUGUAUUAAGUGUCACUAUAACUAAACUCCACUUUUAGCAUGUGUAAUCACCUCUACAUACUGUAUUUGUAUAUAUAAUAUGUAUGAAAGUUAACUUUUUUUUUAAUGCAUAGGAGUUCAUUAAAUGCAUUGAUACUAA